GUUGUGUUGUCACAUGCAACUUGCACUUGCAACUAUCAAGUACGUGUUGAAAUAAUUUGACUGUUGAGGGUCACAACAAACCAAGACCGCAAAAAAUAUAUAAAAGAGCCUAAUUUGGAGAUACGUACAAGGAAAAACCAGUAGUAUAUAUAUAUAGUUUUUUUUUACAAUGCUACUUGUAAGAAAACAGAUAGUAUCAAAAGCUCUUCCUGGAUGCACUGGAACUGAUAAAUCGGGUGUUGCAAUAAAUCAUUGCCACAAACGCUUAUCAGGCAAUAAUGUUCCUUCUGCUACGGAUAAAAAUAUGAGACGAUUAGAAGGGAAAGUUGCAGUUGUCACUGCUUCUACAGAAGGUAUUGGAUUUUCAAUUGCCAAACGUCUUGCUGAAGAUGGUGCAUCUGUAGUUAUAAGCAGCCGUAAAGAAGUAAACGUGGAUAGUGCCGUUGAUCGUCUACGCAGAUUAAAUCUUAAUGUUAUUGGUUUAAAAUGUCACGUAGGAGAUUCAAAAGAUCGCCAACGUCUUUUCGACGAAACAAUACGUAAAUAUGGAAAAUUGAAUAUAUUGGUAUCCAAUGCUGCCACCAACCCAGCAGUGGGUGCAGUUUUGGAGUGCGACGAGGGCGUUUGGGACAAAAUAUUUGAUGUAAAUGUAAAGUCUUCUUAUUUGCUAGCGAAGGAAGCUUUGCCGUACUUACGAAAAGAAAAAAAUUCUAGUAUAGUUUUCGUGUCUUCUAUCGCAGGAUAUGAUGCAUUUGAGUUGUUAGGCGCAUAUUCUGUAAGCAAAACGGCUUUGAUUGGAUUAACCAAAGCCGCGGCAAAAGAUUUGGCACCUGAAGGUAUACGCGUUAAUUGCUUAGCUCCAGGGAUUAUUAAAACUAAAUUUUCAAAAGCGCUGUAUGAAAGUGAGUCUGCGAACGAGCUUGCACUAUCAAGGAUACCUAUGAGAAGACUAGGCACUCCAGAGGAAAUGGCUGGUAUCGUAUCUUUUCUAGUGUCUAAUGAUGCGACAUAUAUAACAGGCGAAACAAUUGUUGCAUCUGGUGGUAUGUCAGGACGACUUUAAAUCAAACCCGUGCUAUUACAAUUGGAAUAAGGGUCCGGUACGAUAUGUCGAAAUUUAAAACGUCGAAAUUAAAAACACCGAAAAAAAUAAAUAGGAAUUGAAGAAUUUCGAAAAAAAUAGUCGAAAGAAAAUAUAUCGAAAUAAUGUAAUGAAUGAUGUGU